CGACAUAAGAAGAAGGGUCGUGAACACCGGUCUUUCCCCAGUGUCUCCACAUCUCGCAAAUCAUCGUUCCUUGUUCAGAUCUCUACAGUGCAGAAAUGAGGUUCUCCGCAGCAUCGGGCGCAAUCGCGCUGUCGGCGGCCGCCCUCGUGAGGGCACAGGAUGUGCUCCACAGCAGGCAUCUUGGAAAGCGUGAUGUCAGUGCUGAUGGAAACUACAACAUCACUUUCUUCCACGUCAACGAUGUCCACGCCCAUUUGGACGAGUUCUCGUCCUCUGGAACAGACUGCACCCGUCCUGAGAGAGGCUGCUUCGGAGGUUAUGCUCGCAUCAAGACCGUUGUUGAACAGCAGCGACCCAACUACAACAACAGUCUCUGGCUAAACGUUGGUGAUGAGUUCCAGGGUACCCUCUUCUACUCAUUCUACGGAGGCGAGAAGAUCGCCGAAACCUUGAACCAGAUGAACUUCUCGGCCAUGACUCUGGGCAACCACGAGUUUGAUGGUGGCGAUGAGGCCCUCGGACAGUUUUUGGUCAACCUGACAUUCCCGGUCAUCUCUGCCAACAUUAACUCGCAGAAUGAGAAGGUCAACAAGACGGUCAAGCCUUACCACAUCUUCCAGGAGCAUGAUCUUGCCCUGAUCGGUGUCACUACCGACGAGACCCCCAGCAUCGCGAACCCAGAUGAAACGACUGUCUUUUCAGACGUCGUUGAGGCUGUACAGGGUGCUAUCGAUGAGAUCAAGGCCACAACCAACAUCACCAGGAUUGCUGCCAUCACUCACAUUGGCUACGAAAAGGAUCAGGAACUUGCAAAAGCCACUAAGGGUCUACAGCUAAUCAUGGGAGGUCACAGCCACACUCUUCUCGGCGAUAUGGAGAAGGCUGAGGGCAAGUACCCCACCAUUGUCGACAACGCCGAUGGCGAUGAGGUUUUCAUUGUCACCGCAUACCGCUGGGGCGAGUACAUUGGUGAUAUCGAGGUUACAUAUGAUGCUCAGGGCAAGAUUAUCUCUUACCAAGGCGCACCCAUUCAUAUCACCAACACGACCGCGCAGGAUACCGAACUCCAGGCUCAGAUUGAAUCUUGGCGUGGACCCUUUGAGGAGUUUGCUGCAGAAGUCCUCGGCACAAGCGAAGUUGAGCUGGAUCAGACUGCCUGCAGACGCCAGGAGUGCUUACUCGGUGACUUUAUGGCAGAUGCCAUGCUCGCCUACCGCAAGAACAACACCGACGAUGUCGAUUUUGCUAUCAUUAACGCUGGCGGUAUUCGCGCAACCAUCGACCAGGGCGACAUCACUCGUGGUGAGGUCUUGACUUCAUUUCCCUUCGGAAAUUCAAUUGUCCAGAUCGAGGUUGACGGGAAGUACCUCUGGGAAGUUCUCGAGGGAAUUGUGACAGGUGUCAACGUUGCCAACGGAAAGGCGGUCACCUCGUUCCUCCAGGUCUCAUCCGGCAUCAAGGUUGAGUACAACCCCGAGAACAAUAACGGCACAAAGCUUAUUGCUGUCACUAUUGGCGACCAGCCUCUCGACAACAGCACAACCUACCAAGUCGUCACCCUCGAUUUCAUUGCUGGCGGUGGCGAUAACUUCUUCACACCUACAACUGAUUUCGUCAGUCUUGACACUCAAGAUCAGGUUCUCACACAGUACAUCCUUGCUCAAAGCCCUGUCAAGAUCGAGCUGGGCAAUCGUAUCGAGGCUGUUGACCGUCAACGCAACUCCACUGCUGGAGGCAACGGAACAGCGAAUGGGACAAGCCCCUCUGGUACCGGAAGUCCCGCCCCUGCGGCUACAGGUGCGGCUGUCCAGCAACUUGGAUCUGGCCUUGUUGGUGCUACCAUCCUCGCUACCAUCGCUGGUCUCUUAAUGCUGUAGACGUGCUGAAACGAAUAAUGUAAUAUAAAAAAAUCCGAGUUAGCGUUUGAGCAGAAC